AUGGACGAGGCGGAUGACAAGGUACAUCUCAUGACCUUCAAAGCAGGGUUGAAAUCCAGAGAUUUCGUGGCAUCCUUGGCAAAGAACCCCCCCAAGACAAUGGCCAAGGCAUUGUUGAAAGCACAAAAGUAUAUGAACGCGGAAGAAGCUCUAGCAGUCAUUGACAGAGCAGAAAAGAGUAAGGAAAAGAAGAAGGAAAAGGAGGACGAUCGACAAGGACAAAAAAGAGACCGGGUUGAUCGACGGAAUGACGAAGGUAAUAGGCGAAGGGAGGACAAGAACCCUCAUCCAACGAAAUUCACACCGUUGGUGAUGCCCAUUGACCAGAUUCUAACGGAGAUAAAGGACGAACCGUCUCUCAAGUGGCCAAGACCACUCCAUUCAGCGCCUAGUUUGCGCGAUAAGAGGAAAUACUGCCGUUUUCACAAAGACCAUGGGCAUUACACAGAGGAUUGCAGGGAUAUGAAGGAGCAAAUUGAAGAGCUCAUUUGUAAUGGGAAACUACAACAGUAUGUAAAAAAGGGAGAUUCUGGCAGGUACGACCAGAAAAGCCAGCAAGGCGGUUCUAGGAAAGACGAAGACCGCCCCCUACCUCGUCCACAAAACGCAUUGGGGGAGAUAAAGACCAUCGCUAGGGGACCAACCAUGGGGGGAUCAUUCAAAUCCCUCAGGAAGUCAUACUAA